AUGGCCACUAAGGCGGUACAUCUCGAGCUAGUCUCUGACCUCACAACGGAAACGUUUUUAAAUGCGCUCAAAAGAUUUAUUUCUCGACGAGGCCCAUGCGAGUCCAUUCUAUCUGAUAAUGGAAAGAAUUUUGUGGGUGCAAGCAACCUGCUGCGACAAUUUGGUGAAUUCAUAUCACACCCUGAACAUCAAGCAAAAAUCACUGAUUUUGCGUCAAAUCAAGGAAUAUCAUGGAAAUUUCUUCCACCUCACUCCCCUCAUAUGGGAGGACUAUGGGAAGCAAACGUGAAAGCGGUAAAGACUCAUCUUAGAAUAGUCAUUAACGACACGUUGUUGUCAUUUGAGGAACUUUAUACGGUAAUUGUUCAAAUUGAAGCCAUUCUUAAUUCACGGCCUUUAUGUCCAUUGAAUAAUUCUCCGGACGAAAUAGACGUUCUGACACCCGGACAUUUUUUGAUCGGAACAUCAUUACUGUCAUUGCCGGAACCAUCCGUGACGGACGUUCCAGUAAACCGCGUUAAUCGUUAUCAAUUGUUGACUCAGAUGCAGCAAUCAUUCUGGAAGCGCUGGUCUCGAGAAUAUGUUACUCAAAUGCAACAAAGAAACAAAUGGAAAACUACUGCAUGCAAUAACGAGAUUCAAGUAGGCAAACUAGCAUUGAUUCGCGACGAGAAUCUGCCUCCUCUGAAAUGGCGCACGGGCAGAAUUAACGAGGUUCAUCCGGGCCCUGAUGGUCUAAUAAGAGUAGUUUCUUUGAAAACUACAACAGGAGUUAUCCAACGUUCACUGCCGAAAAUCUGUGUGUUACCAAUUGAUUAA